UUCAACAGUGUAACGGGACAGGCGUCGGUAAAGUGGAGUUUUCCCCGGGAUUUCCUCGUUAUCUCUCUUCUUGAAGUUGACUGAUCUUUAUAUGGUGGACGCCGUUAUUCGUCACAACUCACAGCUACGCUUUCUCGUGAAAAAUGGAAACAUUCAUAUGAGUUUGAAUGGAGCAAAGCGUGCGCGUCUGACGGCAGAGGAGGAAGGUGGACCGGACAGUGGACAGUUGAGCGGAUUUGAAACAGGAAAUCAUCCCAUACUGAGCGAACGGCGAGUCCUGUGAACGCUGACAGACGGUGGCUGCUCGGCGUGUUUGGAGUUCGUUUCAAGCUGACAACUGUUCGGUUUUUUCGGGGCGGGGGGGUGGUUUUGAUGCGGCCGAGUUUGAGUCGAGAAGGUUUCCCCGCAAAUGACGUGGAAUAGCACGAUGAGCAGUGGCUACAGUAGCUUGGAGGAGGACUCCGAAGAGUACUUUUUCACGGCCAGGACCUCUUUCUUCAAAAAACCCCUGGGAAAAGUCACAGAGAGCAAGGAUGUGGAGAAGGAGAGAGAGCUGCGGACGGAGUUCAGCAGGGAGGAAAUCAGGCAGAAGAUCGAGCACUACAACUCAGUGACCAGAGACCACCUUAAAAUGACACUGGGUUCCUCUGGUGUGUAUACUGGUUUCAUCAAAGUCCAGAUGGAUUUGAGGAGGCCGGUGACGGUGAGGGGGGGCCAGAGAGGAGGAGGAGGAGCCGUGGUGGAGGAGGCCUUUUAUCUGCCCCGAGGAGUCAUCAACACCCUCCACAUCAGCUCCAAUAACACCGUCAGACAGGUGAUCGUCGCCCUGUUGAACAAGUUCACAGUCGCAGACAACCCGGCUAAAUACGCCCUGUACAAACGCUACCGCAGGGAGGAGCAGGUGUAUGUGUGUAAGCUGGCGGAUGGCGAGCAGCCGUUGUUUCUUCGUCUGAUGGCGGGACCCGACGUCGACACGCUCAGCUUCGUACUGAGGGAACAACAGACCGGAGAAGUCAUGUGGGACGCCUUCUCCAUCCCCGAGCUGCGCAACUUCCUGCGGAUCCUCGACAAGGAGGAGGAGGAGCAGAAGGAGGCUGUAAUUCGCCGUUACGAGGCCUACCGCCAGAGACUGCAGGAGGCGCUGAGGGAGGUCCGAGGGACCUCUUAGAGGAUUUAACCUCCAUGAGACAGGACUGCUGCCCCCUGGGGGGACGGAGGAGGUGAUUUUUACCUCCUCAGAGAAAAUGGUGUAAAUUUUGACAGAGAGAGGGACGUGAACACAGAAUGAGUGGAGAGGAUCCAGUGCACGGAAGAAGGGAUGAAACAGACGGAAAGAGGGAUGAUAAAAGACGGCAGAAAAAACUCAGAGACAGCAAAUGAAGGACAAGUGAUUAAAGGGACGAACGGACAAAAAUUCGAAUGGUUGAUGGAGUUUGAUUCAUCUUGGAGUUUGAGACUUCAGACUGCUGCCCGCUGUGCUCCGUCUGCCUGCAAACACCAAAGAUUCACUUAACUGUGCCAUAUUCAUUCGUCCUCUCUCCCUCUCUCCGUCCAUCCCUCUCUUCUCUCUCUUCUUCUUCUUCUCUCACUCUGUCCUGCUGUCACAUAAUUUAUGCAGUUCAUCUGAUUCCUUUUUGUUUCCCUCGGUUUUCGUGAAGACUCAAGGCCAUAUGUUGAGUUAGAGUUUUAUUUAAUUUGUUUGUUUUAAAGGUUUGUACAUAUUUUUUUUCUUAAUUUAUAUGGGUGAAGCUUUUUAUUGUUUGUUUUUUUUUUUUUUUUUUUUCAUUUUAAACAAAGUCUUAUUUUAGUUUAUUCUACAGAGGCGGAGCAACAGUUUGACUGCUGACACAGACACAGAGAAUAGUUUAUCCAGACUUCUACUGGAGGUAAAUACACAAACAACAUGAGCAUCAGAUGUCACUGGAUUUAAAGUUUGUCGGUUUAAAAUCACAAACAGACCCAGAAUCUGCAUCUGUAUUUACAUGACAUGAAUACCAGAGAAAUUAGAGAAUACGCUGGAGCUUAAGAAGCUGACAUGUUUCACUUGAAUUACUCUGAAAGUUGAGAAAUAUUUCCGAUGUGGAGUCUCGAGUGUGCCAAAGUCUUUCUUUUUUUUUUUUUUUGUGUUAAAAUGAUAAUCUGAGUCGAUACAGAUGUUUUUCUCUUGUUGCUUUUAUUCUAACAGAAAGGUGUCAAAAUAAAUAUAACAACAGAGCAGGGGCGAAACAUAAACAGUUACUUUAUGGAAAGUGUAGUUUUGUUAUUCCAUUUGCUAACGCGUUUGCCUUUUUAUAUUCCAUCUCAUAAAUCCUUUGUAUCCUGCUGUAACUUUUACUAUUUUAAUUUAAUGAGCAGACACAUUAGUCAGUCGGAUAACAAAAAUUAAUAUACAAAAUAAAACUAUUUACAAUUAAUUUAGCUAUUCCAUUAUAAAUAAGCAGCAGAAAUCACUUAUUAGAUAUGAUAUAGGACCUAAAUAAAAAAUAAAGUAAAUAUAUACUUACAUUUUUUUGCUUUUUGUUCAUAAUGCAUCAUGUUAUUGCAGAUUUAAAUAAUCUUUUAUUAUUAUUAUUAUUGUUAUUAUUAUUGGCACACUUCAGAUUCCAUAGUAAAUUGGCCUGAAACUUUGACUGAAAACAGACACACACACUCUUCGACUGUAGAUACUGACACAUAAUGGAAGAGGAAAGCUUUUAAUAGAAAGAACAGAAUAACAGAGUCUCAGAAGCUUGUGAGCACAGGAAGUAGAUGAGUUUUGGUUGUUUAUGUGGAGUGAAGACUGAGGAUGAUGAGGAUGAUGAACUGGUGGGAUUUAAAGACUUUGUUUGCAUUUGUUUGAUGAGGCAUGAACUGAACACGCUGAUGUGAUUCGGAUAGACGUGACCCCUGACCUCUGACACCGCGUGGUCAGAGGAGGGAGAAGUGACAAUUGACCGGUUUCUGGAAGUGGACUGAGCAGUUUUAGAGGAAGUAGAAAACAGACGUUAGACAGAGGAAGAAAAAAAGAAAAGAACAGAAGAGGAUAAGUUUUGUUUCAGAGGAGCCAGAAUAUGUGAGGGAUUUUCAUAAAAAGCAGUGUGACUGUGGCCUCGGGGACGAUGACGGGAUAUUUCCUCAAACCGCAAGUCACCGUGAUUAACUGCUUGUUCGUUUUUUGCAUUUAUGAAAGCUCCUGUAAUCCACUGCUGAGAGAAAAGGAGGUCUGUAAGUGCAGAUAGCUGCAGAGAACAGGAGGAAAAAUGGCUGCAUUGUCCCGUUCUCGUUGCUUUAAAAGGCCUGUGUUUUUGUCCUCUUAUCUCAAGUUAAAACGCGCAGCCCUGACCUCCCUGUCAACCUGGACCUCAGCUUUUUCUUCUGCUGGAUAAUAGGGGAAAAUAUGAGGAGAGGAGGGUAGACAUUAGGCCAGAAGGAAUACGCAGUAGACGAUCAAAGAUUAAAGAUAAAUGUACGUCAGCAAGUGCAAAAGAAGGUAAAACAGUUGAAAAGUUGAGGCCUUUUUGUGCAGUUUGGGUUCAUGAAAAGCUCCUUUUAAGGUCACAAAGGCCUGUUGAUGGUGAUGCAAGUAAAUAGCUGCCUUAAAUAUAUAUGCAACAUCUUCUUUGGCAAAUGUAACUUAUCAUUUAUGGCUUAGAGACCAAAGAGGCUUUUUUUUUUCAGUGUAGUCUUGUAGAAAAAUCUUUCUUCUUUUUUUUUUUUUUUUUUGCUUUCUGAAUCAGCAGUUAUUCUGGUGUUUGAGGAAACAACAGACAAACAAGUAAAGAUAAAUCACAAAGACAAUCAUUUAGACAAACAGAACUACACUUCAGACUGUUUAAAUUAUCAUCAUUUAUUAAAACUGAUGUAAAAAAGCUUGGUUGUUUGAGCUGCAGGUACUGAAUGAAGUCAAACUGAUGGUGCUGUGGUUGCAUUUCUGUAGAGGGAUGUUGUACAACACCGCCGUCCAGUGGACAAACACUGCAACUGUUCUCUCAUUUCUGUGUCAAAUGUAUUAAUUAUCUUACAUAGAUUUUAUUUUUAAUUUUUGUUGUUAUAACCAAAGAUAUUUUUGUGGUGUUGCCUGGAGCAAAAACAUAUUAGAGGCUUCUUCCCACUGGAGGGAAAAACAUAUAUAGUUGAGAGUUUUAUUUAAAGGGGUUUUAACCCUGAUUUAUUCUAUUAUCAAACACUGGGUUUAAUCUAUGGAGGCAAAAAAAGGACAUAAAGAUUUGAAUCUAAAAAGUGAAAACUGAAAACCAUAAUUGUGACAUCUAAAGGUUCACUCCACCAAUUUUCUGAAAGACCUGUGCAUUUAGGUGCCAGGAGGGUGAUAAAGAAGUUAUUGAAUUAUCAGUAAAUUUCAGACUUGAAAUUCAGUAUUGGAUAUUUCAGAGAUAAGAUUCAAACUGUUUUGGCCUCUUUUUUUGCCUCCGUAUGAAAUAAUUUAACGUGAUACAAAAGUCUGCAUAGAAACAGUUAAUGAACCUUAAAGCCAUGUUGUUGUUUAUGUAUCUGUUAAACAACUUUAGCUGUUUAAACACAUCAGACCAGACUAGUUGUAUCAGUUCAUUUUCUUUUUUUUUCUUUUUUUUGGGGCACUUUAACUUUGAAUUCAGGGAAGACGGGUUUUUGAUUUUUCUUUUUCUCCGGCUUAAUCCGCAAAGCACCGCCGUCACACUCUGUACUUUAUCUUAACAUCUAAUACGCUGUCAUCUUAAUUUGAAAGGUGUUGUUAAGCUCUCCUUAUUAUUAUAUGUUUUUCUGUUUUAACAAAUGGAAGUACAGUGUGACAGAAGUUAUUUUUGUUCUUAUUUUAAGCUCAUUUUAUUUUUUAACGUCUCAACGAGCUUGCGUAUGUUUUGCUCGGUGUUAGCUGUAGACUGUGAAACGUUUGGUUGAAUCUCGACUCUUGCAUGUGUUCCUGUUUGCCUCCUUGUACACGCUCUCUGCACACACUACUGGGCUGUUCGACUUUAAAGCAUGUGUAUGAAACAGCAGCGAACAGACGUCACUUGGAAAGUAGUUUUUGGCAACAAGAUAAAAAACAAACACUACUUUUCAAAUGCUGUCAGAGCGGCUGGUUGUAUAAAUUAGGGCUUGUUGAUCAAUUUAUCUAUUAUGAAGCUUUUGGGCCAGUAGUGUUUAAGUAUGAAGAGUUGAUAUAUGAUACCUGUUGUGUAUUCAGAGAUCUGGUUUUAAGGCUGUUCAGUUGUAGUUAGAGUCAGAGAACGUACAAACUAUUGCCUGAAUUUUGAGCCUGAAGGUUUAUUCUUGACAAAAAUUUCAGAAUAUUUCACUCCAAAGCAAAUACAGCAAAUAUAUUCGAGCUAAAAUGGCUUGUUGAUUAAUUAAUAGUUGAAUUGGCAGAAAAUUAAUCAGCAACUGAUCCUGUUUUAGGUUCUUCAGGUCAGUUCUCUUGAGUUUUGUGCGAUCUGUGACUCUGGUGUCAACAGCCACAGACUGUAACGUUAAAAUGCCAAAGAUCUGCGUGUAGCUCUUCUGCUAUUUACUGAUUUUAUUUUAUUUUCCAGUGAUACUGUUUUUGUUGUACACGGGGAGGCAGAGAUUACAGACAACACAGUAGAUCCUCAUUGAUUCAUCAGGUUUAUCUCGUUCCUUGUGAGCAUCUGAAAACACAAAGCUCGCUCUGUUGUCGUUCUACACUUGAAGAAAAAUGGUCACGGGUUUUAAUUUCAGACCUGAGCUGCAAAAUCCAAAAUUAUUGUCGUCUUUAGAAUCAAAGAAAGGACGAAAAGAAGCACAGAGGAGGUUUAAAAUGGCAAAUCACCUUAUUUCAAUUCACUAAUCUGUCUACUCAAUGGAAGGUUUAUUUAUUGAAAGAUUUAGUUGAAUUUUGGCCUUUGAGCUCGGUCUGAAACGUCCCGAUCUGUGGCCUCGGCAGUGCCUUCGUAAAACAUUUGACAGCAACAGAAAAUCAAACCUGCAGCAGAGAGUGGAGGUUUCAUCGGAUGUAGAUUUCCUCUCUGCGGGCGAACAGUUAACGGAGGCAGGUUUAUUUUUGUAGAUAUCUCUCGGUUUCUCUUGGAAUCAAACGUGGCCUCUCCUCACACAAGGCGGGCUGCGUCUAUUAAAGGUGAAAUUAAAACACAAA